AUGAACGCGAUCGACGCCACAGAUCGUCACAUUCAGAAAGAUGAGGGGCCACCACCAUCUCUCCUCGCAAUCGUCCUCGACACAAAUCCCCACGCCUGGGCACACCUCUCCUCGACCCUCCCGCUCUCCACCGCCCUCGCCAACAUCCUCAUCUUCAUAAAUGCGCACCUCGCCUCGGGCAACGGCAACGAAGUCGCCGUAAUAGCCUCCCACUCGCACAAAGCAUGCUUUCUCUACCCUCCCCCCACCCCGCCUACUCCACAAGCCCGCCAUGGCACCCCAAACGGCGACAUCGAAAUGAACGGCGUGGCAGACACCAAACUCAACGGCAUACCGGACAACCCGAACAAAUACCGGCCCUUCGCAACAGUCGAGACCGCUAUCCUGAAUAACUUCGCGAAGUUGCUAGACUCGACGAAGGUGGAACAUCUUUCCGCGACGCCGACGACGUUGAUAGGAGGCGCCCUCUCCCUCGCACUCUCAUACAUCGCAAAGUCCACUCUGCUCCACUCCCCCGUCGACCCCUCCACCCAUGAAGAUCCGCUUCGCGCCCUCGCAGACUCCGAAUCCACGCACGCGCAACGCGUACCCCUCACAUCCCGCAUCCUCAUCGUGUCCGUCUCCGGCGACCUCGCAAACCAAUACAUCCCCGUCAUGAACUCGAUAUUCGCCGCGCAGCGCAAGCGCAUACCAAUCGACAUUCUCAAGUUGGCGGGCGACACAGUGCUGCUGCAGCAGGCGAGCGAUGCGACGGGCGGCGUGUACAUGAAGCCCGAACGGCCAGAGGGACUGUUGCAGUAUCUCAUGAUGGCGUUUCUGCCGGAUGCGACGGCGAGGCGGAGUUUCGUGAUGCCGAGCGCAGGGGGUGUGGAUUUCCGCGCUGCGUGUUUCUGCCAUAGGAAGGUGGUGGAUAUUGGGUACGUGUGCAGUGUGUGCUUGAGUAUAUUCUGCACGCCCAGCUUACCCAACAACCUCUGCCUAACCUGCGGCUCCUACCUCUCGCUCCGUAGCGCGACUACGAAUCCCCCAGCGCUCAUACCACGGAAGAAGAAAAAGAGGAGGAGGGCCGGUGGUACCGAUUCGGCCACGCCGGCAGGCACGCCAGCUGGAUCGGGUACGCCUAUGCAUGCUUGA